GGGAGGGACUGCUAUUUCUUCAGCAGGUCUCCGAGCUGAUGGAUGGAAGCCCCUCCGCAGACAACAGCUGAGCGCUGGGGAGGAGGAGGAGGAGCGGCAGCGACGGGGGGUGCCCUGCCAAAGAGCUCAGCUUGCAAUCGGCUCCGGGUUGCUAGCGGAGUUCGCUGCUGCAGGGCUCGGGUGAUGGUGGCUGGCUUGGGUGAUGGUGCUGCUUCUGGUCCCCCCCCGCCUUUGCGAUCUUUGCAAAUACGCACACUCCGAGCCGGUUUCAUUUUCAAAUCGCGCGACAGCACUUUCCUCCACUUAUUCGGUUUUUUUGCACUGCAUUUCUGCCAAUAGCCAGGCAGAGCUGGGAAAGACAAUGAGUGAAUCUAGUGCAAAAUCCAGCCAGCCCUUGGCUUCCAAACAGGAGGAGGACGUGUCUGAGAAGAGAGGACGGGGACGACCCAGGAAGAAGCCUCAGCAGGAACCCAGCGAGGCACCAACCCCCAAGAGACCACGUGGCAGACCAAAGGGGAGCAAAAAUAAGGCCACUUCUAAAGGCAGGAAAGCUGCAGUAACACCUGGGAGGAAACCUCGAGGUCGGCCCAAAAAAUCGCAGAAGGACGAAGAGGAGGUAAACGUUUCGCAGGAGUCAUCCGAAGAGGAGCAGUGAAAACGCUUGAACCCGGCACUACCUCAUCAUUCAACUUACCAAUUUCUCGUCAAGUUCUUGGACUGAGGAAGGAACGAAACAAAACAAAAAUCCUUGGUGGUUUUUUUUUUUUUCUCCUCCGCCCCCCUGCACAACUUUCUCACACUCAAACAGCAGCAGCACCGGAGUACAGAUCAAACCGAUGGAGCGGCCGUCGCGCUCACUGACGGACGCUGUUAACUCGAAGGGGGAGAACGGGCUCUGUUGUUUCUCUUUCUUAGUGGACAGGGUUAAAAUUUAGCCUACUGGUUUAUGUAGUUUCUUUUGUUCCUAGUGAAAUUCACUGAGGGAAGGCUUCUGUAGAACAGUUGCUUUAUUGUUUUGUGAUUUAUUUUUUUUUCCAACACACUUCUUGGUAGGGAAAGGAGGCGGGGGCUGCUUAUGGCUGUCUAUAUUUUAGUUUUCUUUUUUAAACUACAGUAGUUGGGGACAGAUCUGUCAAACCCCCCCCC